AUGUACGCGGCCUUACCCCCCGAAGGAGAGGCCGUUUCCGGGAUUCAAACCUUGGACCCCGGGUGCAAACGCAAGCGCUCCCUCCACGGUGCCAAGGCCCGCCUUCUCUUUUUGACAACAAAACAUAGGUGGAAACUAGGCUUUGCCUUGGACACGGGUGGACUUCCUGGAAACGGUGAACAAGAGAGUGUAAACGAUGACGGGUCCAAUCUGGGUCGCACUCGGUUGGGUAGGAUAGUGAGUGCGGGUGGCAAGGAGCUAUUGAAGAAGCUGAACUCGGCUAGAAAGAACUUUCCCAUGAAGAUAUUUCUGGUUCUUUUGGGUUUCUACACGGCAAAUGCAUUGGCUACAAUCCUCGGACAGACGGGUGAUUGGGAUGUUUUAGUUGCAGGCAUCGUCGUGGCGGCCAUCGAGGGCAUUGGCAUGCUCAUGUAUAGAAAGCCACCUUCUCUUUCUGCAGGGAGAUUGCAGUCUUUUGUAGUUAUGAUGAACUACUGGAAAGCUGGUGUCUGCUUAGGCCUUUUUGUGGAUGCUUUCAAAUUAGGUAGUUGACUUGUAUUUUCUGCAUUGCAACACUUUUUUCUGGCUAUUUUACAUCGGUUGUCAAGGUGAAAA